GUGAAGAUGACACUCCAUGUGCACCACCACCACUGCCUGAUCUCGAUCAAAUCGAAAAGAAAUUUAAAAUUGCUAUUUCAGAUUCUUUAAAUAAAUAUUGGCAUGAUUUUCGUGACGUCGGAUUAGUAGCUACCCUUUUAGACCCCCGAACAAAAAAAAUGUCAGCAUUUACAAAUAGAGAACGAGAAAAGGCCAGAGAAAAAUUAAGGAAUGAAUUUGAGAAUUUACAACGCCUUAAUGUUAUUGAUAAUUAUCAACCGGAACAACAAACAUCAACAUCAAUAGGUAUUGAAAUUAUGCAAAAUCCAUUUUUUGAAGGUAUUUUUGGAGCACAAGACCAAGAUACGCCUCUAGAUGAA